CGGAAUGCCCCCGGCAAGCCCGCAAAGAGUUGCUGAACAACAGGGCACACCAGGUAUGCACAGAGGCCCGCAAAGACUCCCAGUGAGCCGAAAUCAUCUUCCUCUGUCAUCCUCUUUGGAAUUCAGGCUGCAUCUUCGCAUCUUCCUCAUGUCGGUGGUGUUCUCGGAAGGUGCGUCGCCAUCAGUAGUGACGAUGGACGCCGAUGUGCUCCUCUCCCUCUCCCAAGACCACCGCCACACGCAGCAGGCGCUCAUCGAGGAGCUCACCAGGCAGCGCGAUGAGUUGAGGGGUGAGCUCGGUGACUACAAGCGACGGCUGGAGGCGGCAGAGCAACGCGAUCGAGACGCGGAGGCCCACAUGAGGCUGCUCGAGGCCCAGCUGGCGAGGGAAUCGGCACUCAGGACGGAGGUGCAGCGGCAGAGGGACGAGUACCUAGCAGAGCGAGAUGAGCUGAAGACUGAGCGUGAUGCCUAUCGGCAGAGGCACGAUCAGGCGGAGCAGCAUCGUCAUCAGGCGGAGGCACGCAGCCAGGAGCUUGCGACUGAGCUGGCUCGUCAGAAGGAGAAUGACGCUGGCCCGCUCGUCCCCAAGACGAUCGUGUGGAGUGGCGGACUGUAUUACGGCACCGUGCAGGACGGCAAACCUCACGGCAGUGGCGUGCUGCGGACACUGGACGGGAGCCGCAAGGUAUACGAGGGAGACUGGAUGGCGGGCUGCCGUCAAGGAACUGGCACAGCAUACUGGUCGAACGGCGGCGCACGCAAAGGCCAGUGGGCAAGUGGGCAGAUGGUGGGCGAGGGGAGAGCCGACAAGAUGCCCUUGGGGGGCGGCACCACAUACACUGGCCCACUGCUUGCCGGCAAGCCUCAUGGCCACGGCACCAGCUACCAUCAGAAUGGCAACAAGCUGUAUGAGGGCCAGUGGGAGAAUGGACAGCGAUACGGCAUCCUCUUCGAUGGUCAGUGGAACAAGGGUUUCGCUCCCGAGGGGACAUUCUACCCUAGCUACUCUCAGCAACACGACUACGGAGGGCCCCCUGCGUGGGUGCCCAGCAGCAUGACGCCAACAUACCCUUACCACACCCCCUAGCGCCAGGGGGGGGUAUGACAAGGGGUGAGGUGCUUUGUUGUAGAUUGUGUGGACACAGGCAGAUUGUGACUCCCUCUGACACCCAUUCGUGCCUUCAAUGCCUUUUUCGGACCAUGAGUAGGAAAUGCUCAGUGUCUCUGUAUGUUUGUGGAGCUUUAUGCAAUUACUUACAUAAAUGAGAAUGGAUGAAGUUUCUUCGCGG